AUGUUUGUCGUCAACAUAUUUCUCUAUAUUAUUCUAUUAAAUUUUGUAAUUAGUUCACCUCAAAUUAAUCUUCAUCUUACUGAUGAAGUAAAUCAUAAUAGAAGUGAUAUUGUAUUUCAACAUGAUUGUCUUUAUGUUCUUGCUUCUACUGAAAAACAAAAUAUUCAUCAAGUUCUUUCUUAUUGUUUAACUGAAUAUUCAUCACAAUGGAAUAUUGAAGAAAAUAAUUUUGAUCAAAAAUUAACUUUUUAUCAACUUUAUCAACAAAAUAUAACUAGUCAACAAUUAUAUAAUUGGUCAGCACCUAUGGAUAUUGUUGAACGUUAUCAAUUCUAUUUAAAUCAUUUUUCAAAUUUAAAUCAAUCAUCUUUCAUAACAACACAAUUGUUCUAUAAUUGUACAUUACCAAGAUUUGGUCCAUUAUGUCAAUAUUCAUUAGAUAUUAAUGUAUCUAAUGAUUUAUCAUUAAAUGAAAUUAUUUAUAAAUUUUAUCAGAAUUUAUAUGAUCCUAUAAAUUUAACAUGUUACAUUCAUUUAGAAUGUAAUCGAGGUUCAAUAUCAAUGUGUCUUGAUUGGACUGAAAUUUGUGAUGGAAUUAUUGAUUGUUACAAUGGAAUUGAUGAAGUAUCAUGUGAACAUAUUCAAUUUAACGACUGUGAAGAAAAUGAAUAUCAAUGUGCUAAUGGACAAUGUAUAUCAAAAAUAUUUUUUCGUGAUGAUUCGAAUAGUUCUGAAUGUCUUGAUCGAACAGAUGAAAUUUGGAAAGGUAUGAGAAAAAAUAAUUUUCUCUCUUUCGAUAUUUCCGGUGAACCAACAUUUACUAUGGAAGAUAUAAUAUGUCCAAAACGCCAUAAUUCAUUUAAUGCCAAAUUAACGAGUUCAUGUAUUCAUAAACGUAGCAAAAUACUUGAAGAAUUACUGCUCAAUGAUAACACAAUCGAAGUAUCCAAUGAUUGUUGGAUAGCAGCUAAAUGUCAAUUAAGAAUUUAUGAUCGACUAGAUCCACAAUGUCAUAUUCGGAAUUCUACAAAAACAUAUAUCGAAAUAAUUAAUGAAACAUGUCCAGAUAUAUUACAAGUACCAGCAAAUAUAAUUGCUUUUGGUCAUAUAUUCUUUAUUUAUACUAAAAAUGAUAUGAUUUAUUCUACUAGUCGAUUAAUACCACCUAGUUAUAUAUGUUACAAUGAUAAACUUUGUGAUAGACUCAAUCCAAAUAAAUCAUUAAUUCAAUUUAAUAAUGCAACAUGUCGUCGACCCAUAGAUUUUCCAUUAAAGUUUAACUCUUUUGCAACCAGUAGAGGUAAUUGGUUUAGUUUGUUUGUCUUUCCAAUAUUUAAAGAUCUUUCACAAUGCAAUAAGAUUCAUUCUAAUGAAUCUAUAAAUUGUAACAUUUUAACCAUGUAUAAAUGUCGAAAUUCAUCAAAAUGUAUCUCAAAACAUCGACUUUGUGAUGGUAUUAUAGAUUGUGAUUACAAUGAUGAUGAAGAAUGCACACAAAUAAAUGGUUCUUGUUUAUUAUAUGGAUUCAAUGAUUUUUUAAAAUGUACAACAUCGGAUAUCUGUAUUUCUCCGUCAUUAAUUGAUGAUGGACGGUGUGAUUGUGAAUAUGAUCAAUAUAAUUUUUGUGAUGAUGAAAAUUUAGAUGUUAAUUAUAUUAGAAAACAUAUAUCAUUUACAACUAUUUGCGAUGGUUUUAUAGAGUUAUUACCUGUUAAAAUUGAUGGAAGAUAUGAAACAGAUGAAACUGAAUGUGAAUAUUGGAUAUGUAACAAUAUUUAUACACGAUGUGAUGGUUUUUGGAAUUGUUUUAAUGGAGCUGAUGAAGUUGGUUGUUAUUCAUCAUCAUUGUUACAUAAUUGUUCAUCUAAACAUCAUCAUAUAUGUGUUUCACCAUAUACAAAUAAAUUUAUGUGUUUACCUCUUGAAAAAGCAAAUGAUGGUCAUAUUGAUUGUCUUGGUGGUACUGAUGAACCUAAAUUAUGUCGAUUAAAUAAUUAUGAUCAAAGCAUUACAAAUUUCUACUGCGACAAUCUCACAGGUGGACAGUGUAUUAGUAACACACAAUUAUGUUUUGGAAAUAAAUGUCAAGAUGAAAGUGAUAAACAAUUUUGUGAUAAAACUCGAAAUAUCACGCUAUAUGGUGAUAUUUGUGACGAAUAUUAUGAAAAUAUUCGUUCUGAUGUUGAAAACUUCUUUUGUGCACGUCAAAUUGAUAGAAACAAACCGGAAAUACUUUAUUUUUCACUUGAUAAAUUGAUGAAUAUUACUUAUAAAAAGACUGAGCAACGUAGAAAUGCAAUGAUUGUAAGUCCAUCCAUUAGACAAUCAAUUCUUCAACAGUAUGAUCAACGUUGUCAUCGUGGUCUUCCAAUACGAGUUUGGUUAAAUAUUAAAAAAAAUUUAACUAAUAUAGCAUGUCUUUGUCCGCCAAGUCUUUAUGGUAAUAUGUGUCAAUAUCAAAAUCAACGAGUUAGUCUAACAUUACGAUUUCAAACAUAUUCUGAUUCUAGACGAACAUUAUUUGCAUUAAUUAUUUUACUUAUUGAUGAUUCAAAUGAAAGAUUUAUUCAUUCAUAUCAACAAUUUACUUAUCUUUAUACUCGAGAUUGUCAAACUAAAUUUAAUAUUUAUUUACUUUAUUCAACUAGACCAAAAAAUUUAACAAAAAAUUAUUUUAUUCAUAUUGAUAUUUACGAAAAGAUUUCCUUUACAUAUCGAAAUAGUUUUUUGAUUCCAAUUAAAUAUCCAUAUUUACCUGUAGAUCGUAUUGCUGUUCAAAUUAAUAUUCCAAGUAAAAAUGAUAGAAAAGUAAGUUGUUCAAAUAAACAAUGUAUACAUGGUAAAUGUAUUAAAUAUUUUAAUAAACCAAAUGAUAAUGGUUUUUGUCAAUGUUAUAAUGAAUGGUCAGGAAAAUAUUGUAAUAUUUCACAUAAAUGUAAAUGUUCAUCUGAUUCAUUAUGUAUGGGUAUAUCAUCAAAUAAUCGAUCAAUUUGUAUUUGCCCACUUGAUAAAUGGGGUUCUCAAUGUUUACUUCAUAAUACAAUAUGUUAUUCGAAUGAAAAUUCUAUUUGUCAAAACAAUGGUAGAUGUAUACUUAAUGAUGAAAAUAUUGCAUCUAAUAAAUCGUUUAUGUGUAUUUGUCAAAAAGGAUUUAGUGGAGAUAGAUGUGAAUUAAUUGAUAAUAAAAUAAUUCUAUCAUUUCAUAAUAAUAUUAUUUUACCACAAAGAAUGUUUAUUCAUUUUAUUCGAAUGAUUAAUAAUAGUCAACAUGAAAAUGGUACUACUUUUAAAACAAUUCUUACAAAUGAAAAAUCGAUUACUAUUCAAUGGCCAUAUCCAUUUCAUGUUGCUUUUCUUGAUUUUUUUAAUAAAAAUUAUUAUUUAAUUAUUGUUCAAAAUCAAUAUAAACCAUCAACAACAAUUAUUCGAAAACUAACACCAUAUGAUCAUUGUAAACAUAUAAGUGAAAUAUUUAAUAAGACUAUAAUGGAACUUCAUUCUCUUCGUCGCAUAAAAUAUUAUCAAUUACCAUGUCUAAAUCGUUCACUACUUAUAUCUUGUUUUUACGAUGAUAAACAUUUUUGUUUCUGUUAUGAUUAUGGUCAAGAGCGUUUGACUAAUUGUUUUGAAUUUAAUCAUGGUAUUGAAUAUAAUUGUUUUGGUCAAAGUAGUUGUGAAAAUGGUGCAUUUUGUUUACAAAAUACUCCAAUUUGUCCACAAAUAUCUAUAUGUGUUUGUCCUAUGUGUUUUUAUGGUACAAGAUGUCAAUUUAGUUCAAAUUUAUUUGAACUUUCACUUGAUUCUAUCUUAGGUUAUUAUAUUCAACCAUAUAGAAAUAUUAAUCAUCAAGCAUCAAUUGUAAAAGGUAGUAUAGCAUUAACGAUGAUUAUGAUCAUAGCUGGAAUAAUCGACAGUCUUCUAUCAAUAAUCACAUUUAAAAAUAAAGAACUACGAAAAACUAGUUGUGGUCUCUAUUUAUUAAGUUCAUCAAUCGUUACAUUACUUCUUAUGAUUAUUUUUGCAUUGAAAUUUUGGAUACUUAUCAUUGUACGAAUAACAAAUAUGACAAAUGAAUUAUUCUUAUAUAUACAAUGUAUAUCAAUAGAUUUUCUUCUACGAAUUUGUCUUAGUAUGAAUCAAUGUUUAAAUGCAUGUGUUGCUAUUGAAAGAACAAUAAUCACAAUUAAACGAACUAAUUUUAAUCAACAAAAAAGUGUACGAAUAGCGAAAUAUAUUAUUUUUAUUCUUUUGUUUAUAAUUACUUUGUCAACAAUUCAUGAUCCUAUUCAUCGACGUUUAUUAAAUGAGAAUGAUAAUGAUUUAGAAGAAACAAGAAUUUGGUGUAUUGUUAGUUAUUCAACUACCGUUCAAAAAUUCAAUUUAAUUAUACAUAUGAUUUAUUUUUUUGUUCCUUUUUUCAUAAAUAUAAUAUCAGCUUUAAUUAUAAUUAUAACGACAACUCGGCAACGAACAAUAAUACAACAACAAAAAAAUUAUAAAAAUUUAUUACGUGAACAAUGUCUACAACAUAAACAGUUAAUAAUUGCUCCAUUUCCGCUAAUUAUUCUUGCUUUACCACGUUUAAUUAUUUAUUUCAUAGGAAGUUGUACAGCAUCACCUAGUGGUUCAUGGUUAUUUCUUAUUGGAUAUCUUAUUUCAUUUGUUCCAUCUAUGGUUACUUUUCUAAUAUUUAUUUUUCCAUCAACAUCUUACAAACAAGUUUUUCGAAAGUCUAUCAAACGAUAUUUACGAAUAAUUUGA